AUGUUCAACUACAAAUUUAAUGAAGAGGUGAAGAGAGCAUUAUCUCAAAUGAAAUCACGAAAAGCUCCAAGUAAUGAUGAAGUAUCAGCAGCUCUAUUGAAAGCUGGUGGUGAACCAGUUAGUUUGGUUGAGCGUCAACUUUCGGAAGCACAAUCUGGUUUUCGAGCACAUAGAUCAACUAUUGACCAGAUAUUUACACUGAAAAUGAUAAUGGAAAAACGAAGAGUAUUCAAUAAACCACUAUUUAUGUGUUUUAUUGAUAUUACUACAGCCUAUGAUUCUGUUAACCGUGAUCUUCUGUGGAAAGAACUCAAAGGCAAAGGUGGAAUACUGUCACCGAUUCCAUUUAAUAUUCUGCUUGCUUUUAUCAUUAGGAAAGUUAUAGAGGAGGCUGGUAUUGAUGGUGUUAAAUUUUCGUAUGGUAAUGACUUCUUUCAUGGCAAUCGGGAAAAGGAUGAAAACUUCUAUACCCUGGCACUACUGUAUGCAGAUGAUUUAGUUGUUAUGUGUGAGACUGCACUUAAUUUAGAGACAUUCAUUCGAACUUUUGAGAAAAUAACGCAAGAAUUUGGAUUAACAAUGAGUGUCAAGAAAACAUGUAUUAUGACAUUACAACAGUUUCAGGAAGAUCAAAAUCAAAAGAUUUUAAAACAGAAUGAAAUGAUCUUUCCUGAUUUAGAAUUACAAUUCGAAACCAAAUGA